CGCCAUCACCAAAAAGUAAAAAAACGCUAUCCGCAGAUAACACUCGAAAAGAGGAUAACGGACACUUCAAAAAGAACCAACCACCAAUGGCAGCUCUUGCCCUUGGCGUCGCCACUUCCGUCACCUUAAACAUCCGUACAUUUCCGUUCACAAGAACUCGCAGAAAUACUAAAAUCUCCUGCGUUGGAUGGGAUCCAGAGGGCAUACUCGGUCCACCGCAGGUGGGUCACUUAGCCCGACGCGAGUUUCAAAGACGACUUGAGAAAGACGCAGAUGCUCGCGAGGCAUUCGAGCAUCAAGUUCGCGAAGAAAAAGAGCGUCGUCAAAAACUUCGCCUCUCUAGGGAAAUACCGGAUACUCCAGCGGAGCUAAUAGAGUAUUUUCUUGAUACUGAGGCUCAGGAGAUUGAGUUUGAGAUUGCGAGAAUGAGGCCACGAUUGAAUCAGGAAUUUUUUGCUCAAUUAAAGUUUGAACUAGGUCAAAUUCGGUUUGCUGUUCCGAAGACAGAGGUUAUGGAGGAUAGGUUGAUUGAGCUGGAAGCAUUGGAGAAGGCUUUGCAAGAAGCAGUUGAGGCGUAUGAUAAAAUGCAAACGGAUAUUGUAAAGGCGAGGGAGAGCUUGACGAAGCUAUUGACAUCUAAGGAUUUAAAAGCAACUUUGUUGGAUAUGGUUGAGAAAAAUGAACUCAGCAGAUCCUUUUUGACUCUUCUUGAUGAAAAUAUAGCAAGUGCCCAUCAAAGUAACCAGAAAGAUGCAGCAGAUUUUAUGGAAAAGCUUCGCGCAGCCGCGCUCAAGUACAUAACAGUUUAGCUCUCAGAUGGGCGGCGCAUGGAUGGAAAUGUGAAGGCUGCCAUCAAGCGUAAGAUUACCGAUGUUGCUCGGGUCACUAGUAAUGCACUUGCAUUGGUUAAUCGCUUUGCAUCUAAAAACAAAGCUGCUUCUGGUAAAAAGCCUUAGAUCG